AUGGAAACACAUGGUAAUGUGAUCAAAGGGCUGCCAAAUCUUGGAAACACGUGCUUCUUCAAUGUGGCAUUGCAGAACCUCCUCGCGCUUGAUACGUUGCGCAGCAAGAUGUUAGGACCAAAUGUUUGGACAAGGCCCCUUGCUAUACCUUUGAAGAAGCUCUUUGUGGAGAUGAGUGCUUCAAAUGAUACAGGAGGUGCACUUAGCCCACAUAACCUCUUCUCAUAUAUUUGCUCAAGAUUUCCACAAUUCAAGGGCAGCCAUAUGCAGGAUAGCCAUGAAUUACUCAGUCUUUUUCUUGAUGGUUUUCACACGGAGGAAACUGAAGCACGAAAGCUAGCGGCGGAUGCUUCCAAUGCAGGAGUUCCUACAAUUGUCGAAUCCAUCUUUGGGGGCGAGUUGUCUAGUACUGUGUCCAGUCUAGAAUGCCCACACAGUUCCAUUAAAUAUGACCAAUUCCUUGAUCUCUCACUACCACCUCCAUCAAGGAAGAGCAAUAGUGCUGAUCAUGAGGUGGAUAAUACACAACCUAAAUAUGUAAUGGCUUUGAGUAGCAAUAGUGCCGAUGAUGAGGUCGAUAAUAGUAAUGCUGUUGUAUCAGUUGGGCUGCUUGGUUCGUAUACUAAGGAAGAUCCGCACAUUUCUUCUAGUGAGAGUAAGAAAUUGGAAGGGCAUGUGCGCUUUGAGGAGAUGCUUGAUAUAGGACCAUUCAUGGACUCAAGAUCUGAGGAGAAUGACAACACCACUUAUCGUCUAGUUGGCGUUGUCCAGCACAAAGGAACCCCGAUAGAAGGUCAUUAUAUUGCAUACGUGAGAGCUGGUAAGAUCGGGGGUCAGCAGCAGCAGAGCAGUGGCUCUAAGUCUUAGUUUUAUGCAAGUGAUUUGGAAGUCAGAGAAGCGUCUCUGGAAGAAGUUCUUAGCUGCGAGGCUUACUUACUUUUUUUACGAAAGGGAAUGAAUGUCCACGGCCAUAAGGGACAGCCCAUUAAGACACCUUUGCCUGAUAAGUGCGCCAUGAUCCAAGAGCUCCUUGACUAUGUGCUUAGCAAGCAUAGAGCUGGGUUCUCAUGGAAAGGCUUCGAUCCGUGUGGGAUUGCUAUAAAAACUGUAACAGUUCAUUUUGACCAAGCAAUAGAAUGGUGA